AUGUUUGCAAGGAAUUGCCACUCCGCUGCCCUGCGCAGCCAUUCAAGCUUUGCUCUGCGCUUCGCAUUUGUCUCAUCGUAGCUUGCGUCAGGGCCGGAUUGUUGGGUUGUGGAUUGAUGGGGUGCCUUCCCACGAUUGCUGAAUUGGGUCCCUGAAAUCGUAGCUUCGGACGUGGAAAUUUUGCAUAGGUUGGGUAGAAUUUCCAGUUAGGGUUCGGUUUUGCUGGGAAUUGAGCGUGUUUUUGAUUGAUUGAGAGGUAGAUUGUAGGAAUGUGGUGUGAGGAGAGGUGAGCGGGAAGCGGAAAUGAUUGCAGGUAUGGCGAUGCAUCCGGCGAUGCUGGUGCAGGCUCCGUCGACGUCCAACGGGGUGGCAAUGCCGCUGUGUCGUAGAGUGAAGGUGGUGCCAAGGAAUUGGAACCGUGGAUUCGUAGCGGGAGAGAAGGCUUCAUUCGCAGUUGGAGAUGGAGGGUUGUUGUUUACCCUUAGAGCUGGGUCAGGGGGAAAGCGUAGGAAGAAGAAUGGUGGCCGGGCGUGUGUGUUUAUGGCUGCUGAUUACUACAAAACUCUUGGAGUUUCGAAGACAGCGACUAAGUCUGAAAUCAAGUCUGCUUAUCGGAAGCUUGCCCGAAAGGUGCUGCUGCAGGUUGUUUGAAUGCCUGAAGGACUCACGUAAAGUUGUAACAGGGUAACAGAGGGCGAAUCUAUCUUAAGAGUUGUUGAUAUCGAAGUGAUGUGUUGCUUGCAUUUUCAGUAUCAUCCGGAUGUCAACAAGGAAGAAGCUGCCGAGGAGAAGUUCAAGGAGAUUAGCAAUGCCUACGAGGUUCUGUCAGAUGAUGAGAAGAGGCCAUUGUAUGAUCAGUAUGGAGAAGCUGCCUUCAAGGGUGGAGCUUCAUCCGGUGGUGCUGGGGCUUAUGGGGGAAAUCCAUUUGACCUCUUUGAGUCUUUCUUUGGUGGCGGAAUGGGUGGCAUGGGAGGUAUGGGUGGCAUGGGUGGCAUGGGUGGCAUGGGAUUUAACACAGGACAACGCUCUAGAUCUAUGCAGGGUGAUGAUAUUCGAUAUGAUAUGACUCUAGAGUUUAAGGAGGCCAUAUUUGGGACUGAACGAACUUUCGACGCCACACAUUUAGAGACAUGUAGCAGUUGUUCAGGUAGUGGUGCUAAGUCGGGCAGCAGUAGAAAGAGCUGUCAGACUUGUGGUGGUAUAGGGCAAGUUAUUCAAUCGUCACAAACUCCAUUUGGAUCGUUUUCUCAGGUCUCUACUUGCCCAACGUGUAACGGGGAAGGUGAAGUAAUAUCUGAAUAUUGUAGGAAAUGUGGUGGAGACGGAAGGCUGCGAGUGAAAAAGAAUAUAAAAGUGAAGAUUCCUGUAGGUGUCAAUAAUGGAAGUACACUACGUGUUCGUGGGGAGGGUGAUGCAGGCCAAAGGGGGGGACCACCAGGGGAUCUCUAUGUCUUUUUGAGCGUGAAUGAAAUGCCUGGAAUCGUUAGGGAGGGGACUAACCUGUUUUCUAAUAUCACCAUCGAUUAUACGGAUGCUAUACUUGGCACAGUUGCUCAGGUGCAAACCGUAGAAGGUGAGAAGGAACUUGAAGUACCUGCUGGCACUCAGCCUGACGAGACACUGGUGCUUCCCAAAUUAGGAGCUCCUAAAUUGAACAAGCCAACAUCACGCGGUGACCAUUAUUUCACAGUAAAGGUCAAAAUACCAACUCAAUUAAGUGAUGCAGAGCUUGAGCUGAUGAAGAGAUUAGGAGAGAUGCGCAAAAUCAAGGGAGGACGUGGAGGAGGCGGGAAAGCGCUGAAUGCAACCAGCAAGCCUCAGCGUUCUCACGACAGUAAGAGUGAUUCGCCUAAGGAAACGGGAGAAGAGUCUGUGCCUGCAAAACAAGGAAAAGGAAUUUGGGGAGCUGUUAAGAACCUUGCUGGGGCGAAACAGUCUCCUGGGCCCAAUUUUGGAUCUACCAGUAUGCAUACCACCAUGUCACAAGGAGACUCAUCUGCGAUUGGUCAAUCAUCGACGAACAAACCCUGGGGGUUAAUACCAUCUUUGGUCGUCAUUACCCUUUCACUAUCCAUGAUUUUCUUUCUCUAUCCUUACAUCCUACGCCUCCUUUCAUGGGCCAUUGCCCGGGUUACGUCUCUCCGUAGGUAACUAAUAGGUAUUCAUUAAAGUUUGCUCCCUACUUCUCGCAAUGAAACUAUCUUCCGACUUGCUGGACCUCAUUUUUAGUUCUCUGGAGGACUCGCUGACGGUCAUCCUGCCUGUGUAUGAACCCACAUGUCAAAGUAAUUCAUGAGGCUCCAGACAGUGGAGUGCUGGAAAAAGAUAAUUUCUACGGAAAUUUGUAGUCAGCAAGUGAUAAUGGAUCUAUGGAGGACACGAACUCUGCUUUCUAAAACAACUACGCAAGCGCAGCAGAAAAUGAAAGCUUUAGCUCAAGUUGCAGUGGUUGGCCUGUGUGUACUCCUCACUUUCUCACUCCAAGCUCGGAAUUCGACUGGACCUGAAGCUUAGUCUUUUUCUCUUCAAAUUCAUGCAUUCCCAAUUGGGAGGGCGAGCAGUUGCAUGUUGAGAACUUGAUUUCAUAGGGUAUUCAGAUUCUCACAAUUUAGGUUCAUAGCUGACGUUACGGUUAAUAACUAAUUGAGAAUUAUGACUUGAUACGCUUUUAGCUGACUAAGGUACUCAUCCUGUGUUGAAGGUUGCGUUUAGGUGUGCAUUACGAAGGCUACAAAUUGGAGUAGCUUUGUUUAUCCAAUGAUCUUGAUAAGUUGACAGUCUCGUAUUGGUCAUAUGGACCUUAAACUCAUAUAAAGGCAUUCCAUGGAAGCAUUUGGUUACAAAGGGAA